AAUAGUUCUUUCAGAAUUGGUGUUAGCAGUAUUCCGUGCAAAAGAUUUUUCCUUUCUUUCCCUCGCAAGCUUUUCUUCCGCCAUGGCAACGAUGACUUCGAAGCUCCACAGCCGGGUAGCUUCGUCUCACCGUUUCGACGAGGCGGCGCUUCUCCGUUAUGCCACGGCCAAUGUGGAGGGCUUUCCCAGCGCUCCCAACCGCCUUGUCGUCUCACAGUUUGGCCAUGGCCAGUCCAACCCCACCUUCCUCCUCGAAGUUACCCGGGCCACCGGAGAUUUCACCGGAGCGCCGCCCUCCAAGCGCUAUGUUCUCAGGAAGAAGCCUCACGGCGCGCUUCUCGAGUCCGCCCACGCGGUAGAGAGGGAAUUCCAGGUCCUCAAAGCUUUGGGUGAUCAUACAGAUGUUCCAGUUCCAAAAGUUUUCUGUUUGUGCAAUGAUCCUAGCAUAAUUGGGACGCCGUUUUAUAUUAUGGAGUACCUAGAAGGUCGGAUAUUUUUGGACAGUAAGCUACCAGGAGUGGCACCAGAAACUCGAACGGCUAUAUAUAAAGCUUCUGCCAAAGCUUUGGCUUCAUUGCAUAGCGUUAAUGUGGAUGCAAUUGGUCUUGGGAGAUUUGGUAGGAGGGAAAAUUAUUGCAGGAGACAGGUAGAAAGGUGGGAAAGGCAAUAUCUCUCUUCCACUGGCGAAGGAAAACCUUAUCAGAAUCCUAACAUGCUAGAAUUGGCAAGUUGGCUAAAGAAUCAUGUACCAUUCGAAGAUUCAUUUGAAGAUUCAUCUAGAACAGCUGCCACCGGUUUGGUUCAUGGGGACUUUCGUAUUGACAAUCUAGUCUUUCAUCCUACAGAGGGUCGUGUAAUUGGAAUCCUUGAUUGGGAACUAUCAACAUUAGGGAACCAAAUGUGUGACGUUGCAUAUAGUAGUUUGCCUUUUGUAGUUGAUAUAAAGCUAUCUGAAGUGGGUCCAUAUGAAGGGUUUGAAGUUGCCGGGAGACCUGAAGGCAUCCCAUCUCUCCCGGAGUAUCUUGCUGAGUACUGCUUUGCAUCUGGAAAACCUUGGCCAGUUUCUGAGUGGAAGUUUUAUAUUGCAUUUUCGUUGUUUCGUGGAGCCUCUAUAUAUGCUGGAGUAUAUCACAGAUGGACACUGGGUAAUGCUUCGGGUGGCGAGCGUGCUCAACUUACUGGAAAGCUGGCUAAUAUUUUGAUUGAUACUGCCUGGAAGGUCAUCAAUACACAAUCUUUGCUUCCCGACAAACCUCCAUUUGGUCAUGAAAUAUCAAGAGGUCCACGUGAACAUCAGGACAUAGAGUCUGCAAAGCUGCACCCAACAGAGCAACAAGGCAGAUUUGUUCCAAGUCAGAAGGUUUUAGAUCUGAAAAGAAAAUUAGUAAAAUUCAUGGAAAAACAUAUAUAUCCAAUGGAAAAAGAGUUUUAUGAACUGGCACAAUCAAGUUCACGUUGGACAAUACAUCCUGAAGAAUCGAGGCUCAAGCAACUGGCAAAGCAAGAGGGCUUAUGGAAUUUGUUUAUACCUUUAGAUAGUGCUGCUAGAGCAAGGAAGCUACUUUUUUCUGGAAGAGAUUCUGGUGCUUUUGGGGUCGACAACAACUUGCUCGGUGCAGGCCUUUCCAAUCUUGAGUAUGGAUAUUUGUGUGAAAUUAUGGGGCAUUCUGUCUGGGCGCCUCAACUUUUUAAUUGUGGUGCUCCUGACACUGGGAACAUGGAGGUACUCUUGAGGUAUGGAAGUAAGGAGCAACAAAAAAAAUGGCUUAUUCCUCUACUAGAAGGUGAAAUACGAUCUGGAUUUGCUAUGACUGAGCCAAAAGUUGCAUCCUCAGAUGCAACCAACAUUGAAUGUUCUAUAGAUAGACGUGGAGACUCAUACAUCAUAAAUGGAAGGAAAUGGUGGACAAGCGGAGCAAUGGACCCUCGAUGCAAACUUUUGAUAGUGAUGGGGAAAACAAACUUUUCUGCUGCCAAGCAUGAGCAGCAAUCAAUGAUUUUGGUAGACAUAAACACCCCUGGAGUUCGUGUAGAGAGACCAUUGAUGGUAUUUGGUUUUGAUGAUGCUCCUCAUGGGCAUGCAGAAGUAUCUUUUGAAAAUGUAAAGGUGCCAGUGGAGAAUAUCCUACUCGGAGAAGGUCGGGGAUUUGAGAUUGCUCAGGGCAGACUUGGACCUGGUAGGUUACAUCACUGCAUGAGACUAAUAGGAGCUGCAGAACGAGGCAUGCAGCUGAUGGUAGAAAGAGCUCUUAAAAGGACAGCCUUUGGUAAAAAAAUUGCCGAGCAUGGCUCUUUUUUGUCAGAUCUUGCUAAGUGCAGGAUAGACCUCGAGCAGACACGACUACUUGUUCUUGAGGCUGCCGAUCAACUCGAUCGACAUGGGAACAAGAAAGCUAGGGGAAUCUUAGCCAUGGCUAAGGUUUCAGCUCCAAAUAUGGCUCUCAGAGUCCUUGACAUGGCCAUGCAAGUUCAUGGUGGUGCAGGAUUGUCCUCUGACACUGUUCUCUCCCAUUUGUGGGCUACUGCAAGAACCCUAAGGAUUGCUGAUGGACCUGAUGAAGUUCAUCUGGGAACAAUAGCCAAGCUGGAGAUUCAAAGAGCUAAGUUAUAGAAAUAUCUCCUUUCAACAAAGUUUAUUUAUUGGAGGUAUUCCUGUUGACAUGGAAAUUAAUAACAUCUCUGUAUUUUUCUCCUUUUGGGGGACAUUUCAGUGAAUUUAAUUGCAUCGUUGGUGCACACACACCCUUUAAGCAGGAUUUUGAAUCUAAGACCUCUAAGCCAACUGACAGGCUAUGUUUUGUGCCAAUAAAAAUAUAUUAUCGCACCUUUUGUGUGCACUUUUGUCC